AUGAGCGAGGGCAAUAACGUGGUAAUAGGCCUCAGCGGCUGCUCUUCAAGCGGCAAGACGACGCUAGCUCGCUUGCUGCGAGAUAUUUUCCCCAACACCUUUAUCCUCCACGAAGAUGACUUUUACAAGCCGGAGUCUGAGCUCCCCACGAAGAAUGGGCUCCUCGACUGGGACUGCCCUGAGGCCAUCUCAGUGCCUGACAUGAAUAAGGCCCUUACUCAUAUCCGUGAAAAUGGGACAUUUCCACCUUUCGUAGACUCCAAGGAGGACCAAAACUCUGUCGGAAAGUGCCCAGUCUCUGAUGAAAAGAUUGCUGCCAUGAAAGCAAGGGUCAGCCGUUGGCUGGAACCAGGCCAGCCCGGACACGCCAUCUUCACCGAGGGCAAGUUGAGAGUUUGCCUUUUCGACGGCUUCCUUCUGUACUGCAAGGAAAUGGAGACUACGAUGAGCCUUAUCGACAUCAAGCUAUUUCUUCUGGUCAGCCGAGCCAAGGCACAACAACGGCGCGAGGCCCGCGAUGGCUAUGUCACUCUGGAAGGUUUCUGGAAGGACCCGCCUGGUUAUGUUGACAAGAUUGUUUGGCCUAAUUAUGUUGAAGCGCACCAGUGGUUGUUUGAAGAGGGCAAUGUGGAGGGUAGGCUGAACGAGAAGGUUUUGCAAGAAAAGGAUAUCAAGGCCCAGCUCGGUAAGGGUCUAGAUAUCGACAUGGAGACGACUUUGGAAUGGACCAUCGAGAUCAUCAUUACAGAACUCGAGCGGAGGGCGACAGAGAAGGCCGAGUAA